AAAAGAAGAAGAAGUAGUACAGAGUCCAGCAAGCAAAUAAGUCGAGGCUUAUUGGGGCCCAAGUUAUCACGUUAGUUUUGUAAAGUUUAUUUUUUUUCUCCCAGUAGCCACUGUACCUACAAAAAAAGUAUUUUAUUUUCUUCUGCUGGAUCUGAAGAGACAACUGUCCCUACAGUGAGUAACUCAAAAGUGUGGUUGGGAUGGAGAGGCGAAAGCUGAUGGAAAUCACAGAGGCCCUGUGUUCCCGAGAAGUGGCCGCCCUCUGCUUCUUGUGCCAUGAUGUUCUCAACAGAAAACAUCUCGAAGGAGUCAGGGAUGCAAAAGAUUUGUUCACCAAACUAGAAGAAAAAGAGCUCCUGAAGAACACUGAAUUUCUUGCUCAGCUGCUUUGCACAAUCCGACGGAUUGAUCUCCUCAGCCUCUUAGGGACGAACAGACGAGCCAUGGAGGAAACUGAUUCAAAUCCUCUGCUGUCAAAUUACAGGGUGAUGCUGUACUCUAUAUAUGAUGAAACCACGAAAGAAAAUCUGGAAAAGAUGAAGUUUCUCUUGAACGACAAGAUUGGCAGGAGACAACUGGAUGAAUGCAAUACUGCGUUGGAUGUGUUCGUUGAAUUGGAAAAAGCAGCUUUACUGUCUCAAUCAGACCUACAAGAGCUCCAUUCAACACUUAAGGAAGUGGAUCUACAACUGGCAUCUACUGUCCAGCAAUAUAUAACAAGAGGAGCACCACAGCCAGUGAGACGACCUCCCGCUAGUCAGAUCAUGAAUUUCCAGCAUGUCAACAACAACUUACAUCUUUUGUCCAUAUCUGAGACUCAAGCCGCCCCUGGUGGACAAUUUUCCUUGGAUGCAGGAACAAACACUCACCCUACGGGUAGAUCGCUUUCUAAUCAGACGGAUUACUACCCAAUGAAUCAUAUCCCACGUGGUCUGUGUGUGAUCAUCAGCAAUGAGGAAUUUUUGGGAAACCAGUUGAGGAAUAGGGGUGGAACUCGAGAGGAUGAAAAGGCUCUUGAGUCACUAUUCUCCAGAUUUGGCUUCAGUGUGAUAGUUCAUAGCAACUUGACUGCAGAAGAGAUAAAAAAGAAACUGGGUACCAUUGCUUCAAGAAAUUUUUCAGAAGAAGAUGCUCUGGUUGUGUGUGUGCUUUCCCACGGGGAACAUGGCUGUGUCUUUGGGACUGAUGAGGAAAAGGUGUCCCUCCGAGAACUGACAAAGCCCUUUACAAGUGGAUUUGCCCCUACAUUAGCAGGGAAACCCAAACUGUUUUUCAUCCAAGCAUGUCAGGGAGGGGGUUAUCAGACGGGAGCCUUGCCACACUCCUCAAACCCAAGUGAGGGGAAUGAGGACAGACGGAGUCGCUUGGAAGCGGACGCGGGUCCCAUCAACGUCGAGACGGUGCCCUCAGAUGCCGAUUUCCUGCUCGGCAUGGCCACUGUACCUGAAUGCAAGUCAUUUCGAAACAAGUACACGGGCUCCAUCUACAUCCAAGAGCUGUGUAGGCAGCUCCAACGAGCCGCUGAGAGCUCACGUGAAGAAGAUAUUCUCUGUGCCCUGACACGUGUGAACAGGGAGGUCAGCAAAGGCGUGUUCCUCAACCACAAGCAAAUGCCUGAGCCCAAAUACACCCUCACCAAGACACUUAUCCUAAAGUUUGUUGAUGGGGACCAAGUGCAACGCUCUUAAUGUGCCAUAUUGCGUCUUUUGAAGACUGGAUUCUCUGUAUCACUGUGAUAAUAGGAUAUUUAAUGAUGCUGAUGUUUAUAAAAGUCUUCAAAGAA